AUGAGCUUGGCCUCCGUUGCCAGCGUCACUGCUGCUGAAAACAAGUGUUCCUUUCUCCCUGCCAACGAAGGCCCGCCCUUUUCUGUUCAGCUCCCCGUCGGCGUCUUGUCGCAUCCGCUCUCGGAUUUCCCCCUGGAAUUCCGUGGCAUUUCUCCCAUUGUCACAAGAGCGCCCCUAGCCUUUGGCGAAACGCCCCGAGUCACCAUUCAAAGGUAUUCACAGCGACCUGACGUCUUUUACGACUCUGCCGAGAACCGUGUUGUCUUUUCGGCGGCGACUUGUGGCGACACGGGGAGGCAUACCGGUACCAAGUCAGCCACUGAGAAUCGAGGAUACAAGGAGGAGGAAACCAUGUCAGCGGCGACAUCUGGGGCAUCCACGACCAGCUCCCGACUCUGGAUGUGGAGUACCACGGCCCUUAUCACGGCCCUGCUGGGACGUCACUCUUCUUCCGCAUCGUCGUCGGUCGUCAUGGCCUUUGGUGCCCUACUUUUGACUGGUUUUGCCGGCUCUGCCUCUGUCGUUCAAGCCCAGGACCUCCAUGAUGACUGCGAACCAGUCGUUCAAAUUCUCGUGCAAGCUCCUGCAGCCUAUAAGGGGGCUGUGGAAAUUUGUUUGGAAGAAAUCGACGACACAGCCAUUUGUCCCGAUCCCUUUCCCACCUAUCCCACUUGCAACGAUCCCUCUCCAACUUGCGAAGUGGCCGUCGUUGGGGCUGGAGCUGGGGGGCUUUAUGCGGCUCUGCGAAUGGUCGACGAAGGUGUCGUGGACGCUUCAGAUGUGUGUGUCUUUGAAAUGACGGAACGCGUUGGUGGAAGACUCAUGUCCCUCCGAGGAUUGGGCCCCGAAGACAAUCUCGUCAUAGAUGCGGGAGGCUAUCGCACUUGGCCAGAAUUUACUCCGACUGCACACGCGUUGAUCACGGAAUACUUGGGGAUCCCCAUGGGAUGUUACGAUGACUCGGAUCCUUGCCAAGUUUACAAUAUUGUCGAUGAGAACGGAACCAAGGCUGGAUUCACCCUCUUUGUCGAAGAAAUGAUGCAGCGCUUGUCUGACGGAGGAGCUUGUUUCUACCCCUUUCAUGAACUCAAAUCGAUCGACAGGCUGGUUAACUUUGACGUUCUUGGCGAAGCCGUGGUUGCAAGACAGGAUGCCGGCGUCAGUGUUAACACAUCCGCUGUCACAGAAUUGUACUUCUCAAACGGGGUGAACGCGACCGCCAAGCUGGCUACGAUUCUGAAUGUCCCCCAGCGCCCACUGCUCAACAUAGUCCGAGACUCUCAUUUUGAUGAUAAGGGUAUGCUCGAUGCCGCGACUCUGGAUGCGUUGCACUCGGUUCAGACAGUCAUUGCGACCAAGUUGUAUUUGUACUACCCCCGCGGACAUGUCUUUUGGCACAAGCUCGGUCUUUUUUCGGGUGAUUUUGAGCACGAAGGGGACGCGAGGAACAUGUUGUUGGCUGGCCGCUACCAUGAUGGUCAAGUGGAAUGUGACGAUCCAGAAGAUUUGGACACUUGCCAUGGAUUUCUGCUGGCGGUUUAUGCCAACGAUCUUUCUGGAAACAAGGCCCAGUACUUUCGGCGCUACCAGCGCGAUCGUCCGGAGCCGGUGACCAUAAUUUCCAAUCAAGAUUUGGAAGGCCGGGAAUUCCUCCGACAUGCCCAUAAUCAGUUGAUGGACUAUCAUUUGCUGUACAAGCGAGAUGCACCGUACACUGGUUUCCAAGCGAGUCAGAUCCUUGCCAACAUUCAAGCACCCACAUGGGCAGUGUUGAGCACUUGGAAUACAGCGAUUCCUUGGGCUGGUGGAGCCUGGCAUGCGUGGACAGACACAUCUAAUAUUGAUUUGGCCAAGCAACCCUUUGUGCACGAUGAGAUUUACGUGAUCAAUGAAGCCUUCAGCUUGAUGCAUGGGUGGGCGGAAGGCAGUAUCAAAGUCGCGGAUGAGGUUUUGCAAGAUCAUUUCGGCAUUGCCCGUCCUUGGAACUUUACCGUGGUGGAUCUGAACCAAAUAGUGCGGCAAACCGACUCUCAAGAGUGUACCGCCACAGAUACGGCGCAAGCCCAAGCGGACACCAGCCGUGGUGCCGACGAUGGCGCUGCAGCUCUCUUAUGCUUUACAGGUGAUGCCAUGGUUUCCAUGGCUGAUGGAUCUUUCAAGGCCAUUGGAAGUGUGGAAGUUGGGGAUGAAGUAUUGACGGGAGGACCAAAUGCUCAAGUUGGCGUUGUCACGGAAACCUUGUACCAUCCAGUGAACCGUCAAGUGCCCGUGGCCAAACUGAUGACCGAAUCUCAUGGGGAGCUCGUUGGAACACCAGACCACCCUGUUUUGCAUGAGAAUGAAUGGGUGGAAUUCGGUCUAUUGCCCGGGGAGACUGUCGUGAUCAAGGAGCAGUUUGUGGAUGCCUUUUACAAUUUGGAGAUUGACGGGCAUUUGCUAGACGAGUCCCUACAUUCUUACAUGGUUCACGGGAUGGUGGCUUCUGGCUUGGGAGACAAUCCUGCAUUGAACAUGCGCUAUCCUCGUCAGAAGGAAUGGAAGAUCUUGGCAGCAGGGGUGAAUGGCAUUGCCGGUGCCGCUGCGUAG